AUGAUGGCAGUCGCCAUCGGCGAAAAGUCGCUACAAAAGCUCCUUGCUACCCUCACGACGGUGCUCCACCCAUCGACCUAUGUCUUCGUCACACUCCCACAGGCGGCGACUCCUCCUCCACUCUCCACGAUACAGAUGAUCUUCCACGAGGCAGAAGGCAGCACGGUCAUCAUGAAACUGGAGGACGCCAAAGCGCGCGCUUUCGACUAUGCUUUCCCGUCAAGAAUGAUCACGCUCAAUGUGCAUUCAAGCUUGGAAGCCGUCGGAUUCCUAGCCGUCAUCACAGCCCGACUGGCCGCCACAGGCAUGGGUGUCAAUCCCGUCAGCGGAUACUUUCACGACCAUUUGUUUGUUCCUGAAGGGCGCGAAGCAGAUGCCCUUGCGGUCCUUCAAGCUAUCGCCGUCGAGAAUCGUAACCUGGACACGGGCGAGGCCUCGUGA